AUGGCAACAAAAAAUGAACCAAAUCUAUGUUCAAUCUGCAAUAAAUCACCAGGAAUCCGCUUUUGCUUUGGAUGCAAUAAACAAUUUUGUCCAAAGGAUUUAAGAGAACAUGAAAAACAAUUGGCAAUGAAAUUUGAUAACGAAGUAGUUCGAUCUCAUGAUGAACUUCUGGAUCAAAUACAACAGUUAGAAAAAUCAAAUUAUUUGUCAUUGGAUCUUUUUGCCCAAAUUGAACAAUGGAAACAAACAACAAUUAACAAAGUUGAAAGAGCAGCAGAAAAGGCACAACAUGAACUUGCCGAGCUAAUUGAUAAAAAACGAAUCAAAGCAACAAAACAACUUCAAUCAAUUACAAAAGAAAUUCGGUCACGUCGAGAAGAAGAAAUUUUUGUUGAAAAUGAUAUUGAUCAACUUAAACAACAAAUCGAUAAAAUUCGACAACAACUUGGAAAACUCAUUCAGAAAGAUAAAACUCAAAGCAUUAUUAUUGAAAAUAAUCAUAUUGAUUGGAAUCAACUUCUUCACAUUCGUAAAAUUGAAGAUGAACACGAUAUUGAAGAACAACAACAAAGUGUAGGGAAAGAAAGAAAUUGUGAGUAUUUUCAAACUAAGCUCUGA